GAAAAAUCACAGGCCUCAAUUCCUUUUGACACCAUUUCAGAGCAGAUUCUGAUUUAACUUCAUUGGAGUUCCCUUUGAGGACUGUAUCACCGAGCACCAUCCAGUUCUGGGUGUACUGGGGAAGACGCGACCUAAUAAUACAACAAUGAGCAAGUUGGCAAAGGACUCCACAAUGCUGACAGUGGAUGCACAUAUGAAAAAUAAAAAAGAAGAUGUGCUUUUGCACAAUAAGCUAGACCAUCUGUACCGUGGCCAUCGCAUUGUCCUCUCAACAUUACAGCAAGAAAGUACAAAUGUAACAGAGGAACUUCAGAAUAUAUUAAGCCAAAAAACAAUACUCCAAAAAUGUAAAUUAGAUGAUUUAAUAACUCAACUAAGGACUUUCAAAAAGGGAGGCAAAACUGAGAUUACUUCAGAUGGGGAUACAACGACCAGUGGAGUAAAUUCUUUAUUUUUUGGAAGAGCUAAAACAGCUCCUUCAACAACAGUGAGUAAUUUACAAUCUGGACAACGACGUGCAAGUUUGCUGAAUACCUGGGCUGGCUUAGAUGGGAGAACCAGUCCAAAUUCUUCCCUUCAAGAUGAAUUAGAUGGAAAGUUUUCAACAAAUCAGUACAUGAAGAAAAUGCCUCACAUGUCUUCUUCAAUUAAUAAUGUUUCUUCAAGGCCUCCUGGGUUCAGGAGAUCUAAAUCAAUUGUAUCUUUGGGACGAAAUACUGGAGAUGGUGGUAAUGGCCAGUGUUUGACACGUAAAGAAUUGCGUCGUUUGGCCAGCAUGGAAAACAUUUGCCAAAAAGUACUAGAGAGACAGAAACUUGACCGUUUACAGGAACGAGAGCAAUUCAAGAAGUUCCUGGAUGAGAAAAUGAAAGAGAAAGUGAAUGACUUUAUAAAGACAUUGGAUAAAAACUUGAAAUAAAUUCCCUUUAAAUAUGUUACAUUUGUAGGCCAUGUUUUGGAUACACAAAUCAACAAUUCUCACUGAGCAACCUAGUGUGAUGAGUUUUCUUUUUUCAUGUGCUCUCAACUGUAUUGCAUUUUUCAGUUUCCUGUCAUUUUGUUACCUCAAAAACAUUUUAAAAGAGAAACUCCUAACCUCUAUUUACUCAAUUUUAGAUGAUUAUAGAUAAAAAUGUUGGGUCUAUGAAAACAUCCAACAUACUAUUGAUAUACAUUGUUAAACUAUGAUUUGAAAAUUAAUGACUUUUAAAUUGUGGAAAUUUCAAUUGUUGUGGAUCAAUAUCUGGCAAGUCAAUCAAAGGAGUAUAAUAAAAUUUCUCAAUCUAGUGUUAGCUGAGUUCUUGGCCCAACUUUUGUAUUUCAUCACUUCAAUCAUAAAUUUCUAUGUUUGGAAUAGCCACACAAAUACAGAAUAAUCAACUUGAUUUGCCAUCUGGAAUGGAGCUUUGUAUAGAUCACAGUUUCCCAAAUUUAUUUUCCAAUGUGCCCCAUUCUAACAAUUGAAAAUGAAGGUGAUCCUAAAGCAAAACAGCAAGCCCAGUAGCAUAACAUUCAGUCUAUAAUUAUUGAAGUUUACAUGUAAUACAUGUUCAACAUACCCGUUAUAUAAAAAUGAAAAUCUGUCCUUUAAAGUUCUUCAUAAGAAUAUUCAUUUAUUCAUUUGAUUUCAGCAAGCUUUCCAUUCUUCCCAUUGAUGGAAGAGUCAGUGAAGUCCUUCUACCCUCCACACCCACAACAAACUAUCCCAUCCUUGUUACCAUCCACCAUACAAUACAAUCCCUCCCUGUCCCCUCUCAUUUACAGAUACUACAACUAGUUCCUUUUAUACCACCAUAUCCAACUUCUUUACCAUUGACCCAUACCCCAACCCUCAGUUGCCAGUCCCUGUGAAGCAGACUUGCCAUUACAGAAUGCCUCUAUUGCAUCACCCUUCACUUUCUACAGUCUGAAAACCAUUGGUGCAGAUCAUUUACAUAAAUUGUUUCUUGAGCUGCCGUCAAUGUUAUCAUUCUAACAUCCCUUUUAAACUAAGCAAAUGUCAAAAAUAAUUUGUGUGAAGCUAUUUGGAUAUUUUUCAGAAAUCUGGCAAAAUAGUAUGUUAUUGCAAGCUAUUCUCAUAUUCUGUCUUUCAUGAUUUUCGUAUUUUGCAAAAUGUUUCCAAAUACUUCAAGCAACAUCAAUAAUGUAAUAAUAAUAUUGACUGUUAUGUUUCUUCAUAAAUAUUGUUCAGUCUUCUAAUACCAAAAAAAAAUCCAAAAACCAGCACCAAGUCACACAAACUUUCUAAAAAAUAUAUAUCGUUCCUUUCACGCUUGAGAAAUUUUUAAAAAUUGUUUUUAUAGCCUAUGUGGAAUUUGUGGCUUCAGAAUGUCUCUAUAUUACUUUACAGCUGUUUUUUUAGAAAUAAUGUCAAGAAGUCUUUAAU